AACGCUACAACGAGAGAACAGUCAACGCGCCCCCUUUCGUGAGAUCAUGUAGGACGUGGAUGAAAAAUCACACGAUCACAAUUCACACGAUCUUCAGUUUCGUUCGAGUGAACGACAUCGAUACGUGAUCUUUGAUGUAAUUUUGUUUUAACAAGCUUUUAAAUCGGUGCGUUUAAUUUAUUCCAAUUGGUCGUGGCGAUAGGAUCGAUAAGUUUAAUAACGGUGCAUGGUGAUUAAGUGACGAGUGGAGAGAUUACCUAGUUAACGUAUAUAUGUAUAUAUAUGUAUUUUUUGAAGAAAAGUUAUAGGUAAAACAAAAUGACAGUAGCCAUAGAUUCUACAAAAGCCGAAGCUGGCGAGGGUCGGCGAAAAAUCGAAAAUUUUGACGACAUUCUUCCCUAUAUCGGUGAAGCAGGUCGUUAUCAAUGGUUCCUCUUUUUCAUACUCUUACCAUUCACCUUUGUUUACGCUUUCCUUUAUUUCACCCAAUUCUUCCUUACCCUCACGCCUAAUCAGUAUUGGUGCACCGUACCUGAAUUGGAUUUGUGGAAUCUCACCGAUUAUGAAAAAAUUGCCAUUUCUGUUCCUCUGGCCAAUGAGGAAGAAUUGAAAAUGGAGGGCGCCACCGCAUUGUCCAGGUGUCAAGUGUACGCUGUCAAUUAUACGGAAAUUCUAGCCAGUGGACGUAGGGAGGCUGAUCCCAAUUGGCCAACAAAACCUUGCGAGAACGGAUGGUCCUUCAACUGGACAACAGUUCCCUAUGCCUCCAUAGCUGCUGAGCUCGGAUGGGUAUGCGAUAAAACGUUUCUCUCAUCGGCAGCACAAUCCGCCUUUUUCGUCGGCAGUAUUAUAGGCGGUUUCAUAUUUGGUUAUAUCGCCGAUCAUUAUGGCAGACUGCCUGCACUGGUCGCUUGCAAUUCCGUCGGUUUCUUCGCUUCCGUGGGAACCGCCUUUUGCACGAGCUUCUGGACCUUUACUCUCAGCAGAUUGAUCGUCGGCACAGCCUUUGACAAUUGCUUCAACAUACUUUUCAUCGUUGUAAUCGAAUACGUCGGUCCUAAGUACAGAACACUCAUGGCCAACAUGUCUUUUGGGAUAUAUUUUGCGUUUGCCGCAAGUAUUCUUCCUUGGAUUGCUUACUGGAUCGCUAACUGGAGGAUUUUGAGUGUCGUCACUGCAGUCCCAUUAAUAAUUGCCUUCAUAGCCCCCUGGAUAGUCCCAGAGAGUGCACGAUGGUACAUUGCCUGCGGAAAGAUGGACAAGGCUAUAGCAAUGUUGAAGAAGUUCGAAAGAGUCAACAAGAAGAAGGUACCGCAAGAGAUCUACGACGAGUUUCAAAUAAGCUGCAACUUGGCUCUGGCGAAUGACAAGUCAGCCGACAAGUACACGGUUCUUGAUCUCUUCAAGAAACCGCGUCUGGCACGCAUUACAAUUAUGCUAAUUGUAUACUGGCUUCUAAUCAUUCUGGUCUUCGACGGUCACGUGUGGAACAUGAAGCUCCUUGAUCCAGAUGUCUUCACUUCCUUCUCUCUUGCUGCACUCACGGAAUUGCCAGCUGCAGUUUUACUUGCAAUUUUCCUGGAUCGCUGGGGUCGUCGCUGGAUGGGAUUCAUGUCGAUGCUAGGAUGUGGGUUGUUUUCCUUCCUUGCUCUAGCUACUCCACAAGGUGGAUCUAGGGUAGCCAUGGCUAUUUUAGCUCGUCUUGGUGUCAACAUUGCUGCAAAUAUUGGCUUCCAGUAUGCUGCUGAAAUGUUGCCAACUGUAGUACGUGCACAGGGUGUCAAUCUCAUUCACAUUAUCGGUUACUUCGCUCAUAUUAUUGGACCUUACGUUGUUUACCUGGCUGACGUUUCCCCGGCUCUUCCACUUAUUGUCCUGGGUCUUCUGUCAUUAUUCGUUGCAGGGCUGACUCUUUGUUUGCCAGAAACUCUAGACCAGGAGCUACCUCAGUCUUUGCAGGAAGGCAACGAUUUUGGCAAGGAACAAAGUUUCUGGUGGAUUCCUUGUAUAUCCUCGACGCCCGAGAAGAAGAAGAUAUACAGAAAAAAGAUUGGAGCGACCAAUGCUGGUUUCAAUCCUGGCAGUUUGCAGAGGAUUGACUCAACCAAGUUAUAACGUCGGAUAUAGGAGUAGAUCGAUUUUUAACGAUUUAUAGGUUACAUCGAUUCGUUUUAUUGUUUUACAUUAAGACAGUUAACCAAAUUCUUGUAAAUAGUUCAUCAUCGUGAUGUGGUUGUAAUAUUAUAACACGUAACCGCGAGUCAUCUGAACACAGGUAUUACGUUAGUUACGCAAUGUGAACUAAGAAUCUCGUAUUGGUGAUUAAUUAGAUUUUAUCGCAACCCUGACCAUCACGUGCGCGCUCAUCUGAUUAGACACGUGUCUGAUAGACAUCUGUGCAUACGUAAUUCGUCGAUUCUUAGACCAUUAUCGAGAGAAGCUUGGUGAAUAUUCAACGGCAAGGACCAAUUGUACAUUUUUCACAUUGAAUAUUCUCCGAAUCAAUUCUCCUUCCAUCGAUGUACUGUAUUUUGACUUUUUAUAUAUAUAUAUUUUUGUCUUCUUUUUUUUCUGCUGCCUUACAAUGAAUUACUCAGCUACAACGUCAAAUUCAAAUUGGGACUCCACUAGAGACGCUCAUAUAGUCGUAGGAUCAUUCAUGUACUUAUGAGGCUAGCGUUCUGCUUUGAUCGAUUCUUGUUUAUCAGGAAAUGGUGAAAUAUAGAGAGAAAUGAAAUGAUAAUUAGGUAAUAAAAUUUAAAACUUUAAGGAUACAGCGAGGGACAAUUUUUUUCGUAUGAUAUACAUAUGUAUACGAAAUUCAGUGUCUGUUAGGUAAAACAUAUUAGGAAGACUACUAGCCACAAGCCAUUUUAGGAAAUGAUUUUUGCCAAGAGUUACUAGACUCUUAUGUCUGUGCCAAAAGAUACAGAUAAUUAAGUAUUAUAUAAAUAUUAGUAGGUUAUUCAGUUAUAUAAAUAAUUCGUGGUAAUACGUACGUAUACGAAGUUUCAUGAUCUGUAGUUUAUUAUAGAUUAAAUGUUCAUAUCCGAACAGUGUACAGAAGAAUAUUUUUUAGAACAUUCAUACGAUAAUAUUCCAAUCACGAGUCAUUCGAUAUACAAAAAAAUAAUUUCAUCAUCAUGUUCGAGUAAAAUAAAACGUUAAUGUUAUUAUUAA